AUGUUUGAUCCCCCGAGAGACUUCUUCCCUCUUGUCGUUACAUCCAACAUGGGGGCUCCAAAACUGAAGAUCCUCGGCAACCUCGUAGACUCCCUCCUGGAAUCUCGCUCUGAGCUCGACAGCACCGUCUCAGCUGUCUCGAUGCUCACUCAUGACGCCGUUUAUGUCUUGCCUCGUACCUGCGAUCCUUCGUUCCCGGACGGCGCCGCUAAGUUGGGUUACCGCUUCACUGUCAAAGCGACCAGCACCGCUGUACAGAGAAUCUUAAACAUGCCUGGAUACCUUCGCAUCCCAGUCCUCGAUAAGUUCUCCGACCUGGAGAUGGCAAGGCUUCACUCUGCCGCACUUGUGCGGCAAGAGCAGGUCCUCGUGAUGUGGUCCGAGAAGGAGCACGACAUCAUUGACGACUUCCAGGACCUAGAGCACCGGCUCCGUCACUUUGUGCAGAUGUGUACCUGCGGUGAUGUGUCAACGUCGCCCUUGCACGGUGGCAAAGAGGGCCCAGGUAUCCCAACGAGUUUUAGAUCACCAAACUUUGAGUCGUCUCUCGCGGUGUUGAACGUAGGGAGUUCUAGACGGACAGAAUAUGAGGAUCUCCUCGGCGCACCUGCAGCCACAGGUUUCUCGAGAGAAGAGCACGUACAGCCGUCGGCGCCGGUGGAGGUGGCACCCGUCACAAUACAUCCGAUACAAACUCUCCUCAAUCCAGAGUUGCCGUACUGGGACGGCUCCUAUCGACACUGGCGCAACGCCAAUGCGUCGACGAUGUCGAUGGACCAAAGCUUACCAUUGACCGACAGCGACGGCGCUACCGAGGUGCCGUCCAGUGACGCAGAGGUCGGGGGGCCGGCCAUGGUAGAACCCCACCUGUCGACACCAUCUAAGUCAGCCUCCCCCAUCGCCACAUCGCCUCCACUCGCGGGCUCGCCAACCGGGGUCCUGAAGCGCAAGCACGGCCAGCCUCGAGCGUCAGGCUCCUCACCCACUGCACGCGAAUUGCGCUCGCGCAUACCUGCCCCACCGACAUCUGCGUUGUCCUACCGUCCGCUCGCAGGGCCAUCAAAAUUGCGUAACCCUUUUCUUGCAGCGACCGUGGUUGCAGGCGCCAGCAUCGAGGCUGCAUCAGUAUCCACAUCCACAGCACACCCAUCAUGCAUGCCACCCAUGUUCCCCGCUCAUCUGUUCUUGUCAGAUAAGGAACAGGAGGAUGGGCGGCACGACAGCAGUAACCUCUUGGGUGAAGACACAGAUGACAACAGCGGCAGCAGCGACGACAACGACGACGCUGUAGAAAAGAAUUACAUAAAAAUUGCCAAGAAAAGUCGAACUAAGCGUGCAUGGACAGCACAGCCGGCAGGUCCCUCAGUCACUCGUUCUCGUAGGCCGACGUUGCAGGACUCUGAGUCGAGAAAACAAGCGCAUCCUCCGGAAUUGUGCCAAGUCCGUCCGAGUAAAGGUGAUCAGACAGCUGACAGUCUCGACGACGACGGUAGCACCUACGGCGGCGAACCUGAUUGUUUUCCUUCCAAAAGCAUUUCGCGAGCUCAACCACCACGAGGGCGGAAGCGCAAUGCCUCCGACGAUGAAUACCUCGACGACGCGCAUCCUACCAAGAAGAGUACGCGAGUAUACCAGAAGCCUCGGAGCACCAAAGCGACGAAAAGCUGCGGGAAGGGCUUCCUUCGCAAGGAUGCGAUGAUGCGGCAUGUCAGGAGCGAGAACGGAUGUGACAAGCAUCGACACACGCCGAAGAAGCUGGCGUCAAAGGGUAAGCAAGCAGGACUUCGGAAGGACGAGGAGGUUGGCACCAGCGAUGUCACAAGUGGAGGCCGAGGCGGAGCCGGUCGGAAAGUGGUCGACUGGGACGAGACGGAAGAUAACGACAGCAGAACCGACACCAACACCGACACCAGCACCGGCACAGAGGACGAGGACUAG